AAUAAAAUAAAACUAGUCUGCGAACUUUCCCAAAUUCAUCAAAUUGAAACCAGAUUAGAGUAGUUCCCGUACACGCAUACAGAUUACAGACUACAGAGAGUGAGGGAGUGUGGGAGAGAGAUACAGAGAGAGCCGAGAGGGAGUGAGAGAGAGACAGAGAGAGCAAGGAGAGAGAGGGAGAGAGGAGGAGAGAGGGAGAGAGAGAGAGAGAAGAGGAGUAAUCGGGGGCAAGUAAGAGAUGAGUCGAAGCCACCCAUCAGUGCACCCAGUAAACUUUAACGCGCCCCCCUCACCAUCAACAAUCCCUCUGGAUGAAAAUGAUCUUCAACAUAACCCUCCCACUAGGAUUCGUAUGAAAGAGCUACAGGGCAUGCCUGGUACUUCAACUAGUCUCGCUUUGCGUUCUCUCCAAUUCUCUUUCGCCGUCGUCUCUCUCGCUGUCAUGGCCACUACCUCUGACUUCCCCUCCGUUACCGCCUUCCGAUACCUUGUUGCUGCUGUGAGCUUGCAGACUUUGUGGAGUCUAUCACUUGGGGUUGUUGAUAUAUAUGCUUUGUUGGUAAAGCGCUGCUUGAGGAAUUCCAGAGUUAUCGCCUUGUUCACUAUGGGGGAUGGGAUUACAUGCACCCUUACAUUUGCGGCAGCAUGUGCAUCUGCUGGUAUAACCAUCCUUAUUGGUAAUGAUAUUGACAGCUGUGCUCAGAAUCAUUGUACCCGAUUUGAAACAGCCACUGCUAUGGCCUUCAUGAGUUGGUUUGCCGUUUCACCAUCCUUUUUCCUGAACUUCUGGUCAUUAGCAUCUAGGUAAAGUGAAUAUUAGGUAUAUCUGCUUGGAUCAUAUUUUUAUCCAAAAGUGUUGUUUUGGGUGCUUAUUUAGGGGGAUAGAGUGAACUGGUAAGUUUGUAUAUUUUAACUUCUAAGUUUGUAGUAAUUUUAUUUCCCUGUAGAUGAAA